GUACAUGAAUAAACAAAGCUUGAGCUUACAAAAGGACAUCAUGUCUAACUUCACAUGGCAUUGUUUCCUAACCCUCAGAGAGAGAGAGAGAGAAGAGAGAGAGAAGACAGUGGGACCCCGAUAAAUGAGACAGAGUCUGACAGAGUUGUAAGGUGGCAGUAUGGGUGUUCUAUUUCUCCUCAUGCCCCUGGUCCUGUGUCUGUCCGGUGUUUUGGGAGCUGAUGUGGACCCCGCACUCCCCUUCUCUGAAUACCUGGACUCAGGUAGCAGCGUCUUGCUCCGCUGGGGAUUUGACCUGGUGAAGGAUUUCAUCAUGUUCGAGCUGAGUGUGAAGACCACCGGAUGGGUCGGCUUUGGAUUCAGCCCCAAUGGAGGAAUGGAAGGAGCUGACAUUGUCAUUGGAGGAGUUGGACCCGACGGCAUAUAUUUUACAGACAGACAUGCAGUGGGGAAGUUUAUGCCGCUUCUGGAUGAGCAGCAGGACUACAGGCUACUCUCUCUGACUGAAGCUGAUGGACAAACAGUGAUGAAGUUUGAACGCUUGAUCAGAGCGUGUGAUAAAGAUGACUACCCCAUCACUGAAGUGCCAGUUAAGCUGAUUUAUGCCUACGGUAAGACUGAUAACAUCACCUAUCACAGAACCUCGCGAGGCACAAAGGAAGUGAAUCUGCUGAAGUUCAUGCCUAAAGCCAUGCUGCCAGACAGCAACUACUUUGAUCUGACCAUGACCAAUUUGACCAUACCAACUGAAAACACUUACUACCACUGCAAGGUUAUGAAAAUCCCACUUCUUGAUCAGAAAUACCAUGUCUAUCGGAUAGAGCCGCUGAUAGAAAAUAUGGACCUGGUGCAUCAUCUUCUGCUCUACCGCUGUCCACCAACUGUGACAACACCCACAGAGGAGGCGUGUUAUACAGGAGAAACCCAAACUCAGUGUUUUCAGACUGUGGCUGCAUGGGGGGUGGGAGGAGGGGCCUUUGAGCUUCCUGAGGUUGCUGGGAUUCCUGUUGGGGGAGAUGAUGGGAAAACCCUCUACAGGCUUGAGGUUCAUUAUAAUAACCAGGAUAACAUUGCAGGUCGUGUGGAUAACUCAGGCUUACGGUUUUAUUACACCAGUCAGCUGCGGCAGUACGAUGCUGCUGUUCUGAUGACAGGACUAGCAGUGGUUCCGGGUUAUGUGAUCCCACCCAACACCACCAACUUCCACUCAUAUGGUGUUUGUGAUACCAGCCAAGUUUCACAGGUCAUCUCUGACCCUAAAGCUGACCUACACGUAUUCUCAGUCAUUUUACACACACAUCUGGCUGGGAGGAAAAUACGAGUAGGCCACUUCAGGAAUGGAGAACAGAUUGAUCUACUUGCUAUGGAUGAACAUUACAAUUUUGAAUUUCAGCAAGCAGUGAACCUGGGAAAAACAAAGACUAUUAAACUGGGUGACCAACUUCUGGUGGAAUGCACAUACAACACGGAGAAUCGAACAGGACUUACUUUGGGGGGGCUCGCUACCACCAAUGAGAUGUGCCUGGCCUUCCUCUUCUAUUACCCAGCUAUGAGCCUGAGCAGCUGUGUUAGUUUCCCAGACCCACAGAUCCUCAGCCAUGAGAUGGGUGCAGCUAAUGAAAUAGAGUGGCUCCAAAUGAUGUUCUUAAAGCACUGGGAUGAAGUGGCAAUUAACGAGUAUGAGAAAACACUGACGGAGAUUCAGCAGUACCUUAUAGUUGGAAACAUAGCGAACAACGUGUCGUCUAACACAGGGCUGAUUCCUCAGCUUAAAGCUGCUCCACCUGUGAGCUGCAUUAAGAAAAACAGCUCUAACAUCACACAUCCUUCUGUGGGUUUAGUGCUGCUCCUCUGGAUCACAGCAUUGCUGAUUCUGUCAUAACACUCUUUACAAACACAGCAAGAGAUGAUAACUCAACCAUUAUAUAAAUUACAUGAUACUGAAUACUUCAAAGUCUCACUUUUACACUCAGACUGCUCCAAUGACGUGAAUGACUGGUUUAAAUGAUUGUAACUUUUGCAUGGAGUGGCUUAAAUUUGCUUCAAAUUUGUUUCCUUAACAUUGUGAAUAAUUAUGAAGAUUGUAAAAUUACAGAUUUCACUGAUAUUUCCUGUCACAAAAUAUUUUAUAAAAAGUAAAAAUUUUAUUAUUUUUAUUAUGUUAUUCUCAGGUGACCAAAAUAAAUAAAACAUCUUUUAAUAAACUU